AUGGCAUUUAGAGUAUUUCUACAACUGCAAGUUUUAAGCCUGAUAACCGCACACUCAACACACCACGACGACAAGGUCGAUCAAGUUCGUCUGAAAGAACUCCACGAAAAGUGGUCUGGGGAUUGGGCAUUUUCUGGAAUCUCUACAUUCGCCCAUUUACCGUACACCAGAUGUCUUACCAAUCCUUACGCUUCGUAUGAUAUAGCAAUCAUCGGUGCUCCAUUUGAUACCGCAGUAUCCUAUCGCCCCGGUGCCAGAUUUGGUCCUAGGGCUAUUAGAGCUGCUUCGGCGCGACAAACAAGUUUUAGGGGAUUCAACCAUCGGGCAGGAUUUAAUCCUUAUCAAAGUUGGGCUAAAAUUAUAGACUGUGGCGAUAUCCCCGUCGUUCCAUUCGACAAUGCGCUCGCAAUGGAACAAAUGACCGAGGCCAUGGAAGAGUUACUGUCCAGAGAUAGCGCCAUUUACCAAACCGUCCGAAGUGACAAUGCUAGAAACUCGGUUCUUGACAAGAAGAUUCCAAAGAUUGUAACUUUAGGUGGGGAUCACACGAUAGCUCUUGCUGCUUUAAGAGCGUUAAAUAGGUUCCAUGGCCAAGUCGCUGUCCUGCAUUUUGAUGCUCACCUGGAUACUUGGAAUCCCAUUAAAAACCCCUCUGUUUGGUCUUCCGAACAAAUGAGCUUAAGUCAUGGAUGCAUGUUCUGGCUCGCCCAAACCGCCUAUGACCCGCCAUUGAUUCUUCCAAAUUCCUCAGUUCAUGCUGGGUUGAGAACUCGACUUUCUGGUAUUGACUACGAAGACUACGAAGAUGAUACUAAACAAGGAUGGUACCGCAUAGAAGCCGAUGAUAUAGACGACAUUGGCGUCAAUGGGGUCAUUCAGAGAAUUCUUGAUAAUCUAGGCAAGGAUAUUCCGAUAUAUUUAAGUGUGGACAUUGAUGUUAUCGACCCUGGCAUGGCCCCGGGUACCGGAACCCCAGAACCUGGUGGCUGGACGACUCGCGAGAUGAUACGUAUACUCCGUGGCCUCGAAGGGCUUAACGUCGUUGGGGCGGAUAUCGUAGAGGUCGCGCCUGCGUACGAUGGGACUGGAGAACAAACUGCACUCGCAGCUGCACAAAUCGUCUAUGAGAUUAUAACGAGUAUAGUCAAACGUGGGGUAGAUUCUAACAGAGCGAAGAUGGAAGGAGCCAGGGGUACCAGACACCUAGAGAAUUCGCAAAUACAGGUUGAUGAGCAUGAGGAGGAUCCAUAUGAGACUGUAGGGUCUCGAGGAUCAGUUGGCUCGGAUGAAGAUGCACCUCAGUUUAAAGUGCAAAGGGUUCAUGGAGACGAACUGUAA